AAACGAAUUUAGAUGAGUGCACCGCGAACAUCGGAUUGUCGCGUCCCCGGGGCGGCUUGUCGCUUUUUCUGCCGGAAUCCGGACGUAAUUAAAGGAUGUCGGAAGUCAUCGGCGUGACUUUUCCCCCUCCCGUGGAUAUUUUCGUGCGAGUUGAAUCAUCCGGAACCAUCUUCAUUCAUCCGUGUGCACCGCGGACACCUGGUACCGGUUCGCGGAGAGAUGGAAAAGUGGACUUCCCGCUUUCGUCGUCGGGACGACGGCGACGCCGUCAUCGUCGUCCGAUGAAGGACGACGGAGGAUCGGAAGCGACGUGACGUGGUUGGCGUGGGGUCGCCUCUGAUUUACCUAGAGCGCAUUAGAAUGUUUAAUAAUCCUAGCAGCGGCCUGGCGGACAGGUGGUGGUGGCCUGACCGACUUUUAAAGAAACCUUGGGGGGAGUUGGGCGGCAUCUUCAGUUGGACAUUGGCCUCCGUAAGACGAAGAGUCAGGGAAAAAGAGCCGUAGGGUGCAGGAGACAGGAGAGCACGAGCACGGUUGCCCCCUCGGAUUUCUUCUCAACGACCCGCAGAAUAGAGCAAAAGGAUGCGACUGUCGACGAUUUUCGAGCUGUUGCUGAUCCUCUUGUUGGUGGCCUUCGCGGCUUACGGUCGAGUAAUUGAUCGCAAUGAGGCGACGCAUCGAGUGGCUCGUGCCGCGAAUAAUGUGAAGCAAAGUGACAUAGACUUGACGACAAUGUCGCUGAAACAGGCGACCGACAGCGUGAAUCGAUACUGCACCUGCAACGAGAACAUCUGCAACUGCUGCCGGGACUUUCACAUACCGCUCGUGCAGCUGAAAGGACCAGGGUGCGCGUCACUGCAGUACCUUCAAGGUGACAACUUGGCAGUCCAGUUGAGCUUCGGCGACAACAUAUUAACCAGCACGAUCGUUAACGGAAAAAGUCCGAGGCCUGUGUGCGUACCGCUACCGGGUGGCUUCACCAAAUUCUGCGGCAGAAUUUACUCCAUUCAACGCGAUGCGAAGAAUCACUUCAAAGCGUGUCUCGGCUUGGAACUGCAGUCCCCUACUGAGUUGGAAGCUACUCUUCGCGUCAGUUGUUUCAGAUUCGGCCCAGAGGGUCUGAAGCUUCGACCAGCUGAGCCACUUCCAAUUGUCGAGACAGAGGCUAUUUCGGAGGAAGACGAUGAUGACGACUUUUUCGGGCUUGGCUCGGAUGAUGACGACGACGACGAUGAGGAUGAUGAAACGCCCAACACGAAUUCCGUCUCCGAUGGCUCGGAAAUUGAAGAUGCGCAGGAAUCAGACGAUGACGACGACGACGAAGAUGAUUUGUUAGGCUUCAGUGCUCUGCUGGAUAUCUUUACUGGCGAUGACGAAGCGCCAACAAGACCGAAAGUUACCACUCCACCACCAUUGUUGGAAUUCACUAUACCGAUUCUACCGCGGCCAACGACUCCCGGAACGUUAGAGGAUCACGAGCCCACCUUCGCCAACAACGAGCAGGAAAAUAAUUACGAGGAACAUGAUGACAAUACCCAAGAACCGUACAAGACAGAAGAAGAAGAUACGGGAAUUACCGAGAGUAAUACCGAAGACAGCACUGACGAGAACACGGAAGCCUCCAACAAAAUUGUAUACACCGCAAAACCCGAUAAGGCGCCGACCGCCAACAAAGUGAAGAAAGGAGUUGUUUCAGACAAGAAGAAACCCACGGUGACGUCGACCAGCGUCAACGCUAUCCAUGAUCCCGAGAAACCAGCGAAGAAACCUAUCAAGGAUGAGGACGACGAAGACGAUGACGAUGAUGACAUUUUGGAUGACGAUGACGAGGAAAUCGAGGACGAGGACGAUGACGUUCUCGACGAUGACGACGACGACGAUGAUAAAGAUGACGAAGACGAAGACGAGGAGGACGAAGAUAAAUUAGACGAUGAGAAGCACGAGGAGCAUGACGAUGAUGAGGACGAGAAGGCCGUGGAUCUUGCCGAUUUGGUCGAUGACGACGACGAUGACGACGAGGAGGAAGACUCCAUGUUGAGUGCUCUUAUAGGUACCGGGAAAAGUAAGAAGAGCAAAGAAGAGACGAAGACGAAUCAGACCAAUGUCCACAAGCACGGCGAUGAGGAUGACGAUCUUGCAUUGGAACUCUUUGGUAGGAAGAGGCAUUCCAGUGAACAUCGUCAAAGCAAGAUCACGAGGCUUUGAAGUGUACAGAGUAUUGCUCCAGUCAGUAGAAUAAUUGGAAGCGGAAGAAAGCUCAUCCUUCUUAUCGGGCCAUAAAUUCGUUGGAUCCUACAAAACUCGGGGCGUUUUGUUCGGAUCAGCGGAGCGUUCGAAGAUUUGGUGAAUUGGUAUAAUUGUGAGAGUGCGACCUGUUUUUUUCACGAUAAGAUUACAAAAGUCAACGUUUCCCGGCGCAUCAUUUCGUGAAGGCUUACAAAUAGCGGAUACGCAAUUUUAUGACGUCAUAGUUAUUUCAUAAUGAUAAUUAAAAAAGGAUCGCUAAUUUUAUAAUAGUUGUUAAUUGAUUUUAUUGUUUAAAACUAAGCAGUUUAUUUCGCUAUCACAAUUAUCUUGUUUUUUUUACGUAGUUAAUAUUUAUUUAUUGAAUUAGACGGACUGAUACGAGAUCUUGCAGCGAAGAUGGAAGAACUUUCUUGAGAGAAGGCUCAAUUAGAAUUGCGUGAAUAGAGGUUUUUUAUGUCUCGAAAAUAAGAUCCUAGGGAUACUUUUAUGUAAUGCGAGAAUUUGCAGGGAGCUGUUCAUAAGGAAGACUUAUAUAUGAAUUGUUCGUGACCUCAGCCAUAAUAAAUUGCUCGAUUAGUUUAACGUUAUUUAUUAAGAGCAAAUGAAUAUUUAUGAUUUAUGUAUGUAUGAAGUUAUUUAUUGACUCUGUAAUAAAUAAAAAAUAUAACGCGUUUAUCCCGCGCCUU